GUCAUUUCUUGCGUUCCAAGUUGAUAUUACUCAUCAUUAACGAAUUUUUAUAUUAGACUACUAUAUAUAUUCUUUAAUUUGCUUCUUUUGCCAUUUAUUCGAUCAACUUUCGAAGCUUUCAUGUGCAUCAUACCAGCAACACAAUCACGAUUCCAGACUUUUACCUCUCUUCAAACGUCAAAGCUGCAGAGAAACAAUCAUGGAAGAGGAAAGACUAGAUCUGAUCACCAGUUUACCCGACGAGAUCCUGCGUCGUAUCAUUUGCUUUCUCCCCUUGGAAUUGGCAGUAAGAACCAGUAAACUUUCUACCGGAUGGAGGAACCUUUGGCUGCCACCCCAACCUAAUGAUCUGGCUAUGACUGGUAAUAAUAUGUCUGAGGAACAGGUAGCCAGAAUCGUCACUAAUUUCUUGGCGUCCUGGAAAGAGCUCGAGUUCUGGAUGCAAAGUUUCCGAAUGCCCCCGACUGGAGGCAACCCGCCGUCGCCCAAUAUUAAGACAGAGGAUAGGCUGAUCCUCUCAGCCAUUAUGGGGCCAGAGAAGGAACUCCGCCUCGACUUCUCUAACGGAGAAGCACAACAUUUGCCAGCUGAUUUCAGCUUGAAUUUGGAGCUCAUCAACUGUCACGGUCCCAGCCCCCAACCUACAACCACCACUGCUAAGACCUUCUAUUCUCUCAAGACUCUCCACCUCAGAUCGGCCAGCCAUCUCACCGGAAGGUUGCUUCCCGCCCUGUUUUCCAAUUGUCAGCUUCUUGAAAGCUUAAAGCUUGUAAAAUGCCAUGGAUUACAGAGUCUGGACAUUAACGCCAACAACCGACUUAAGAACCUGAUAGUUGUCAACUGCCCCAACAUGGUUACUCUUACUCUAAGUACACCCAACCUCCAAUCCUUAAGAUAUCGGGGAGCGCUUCCGCGGUUUCACCUGAAGAACGUUUCUCGCUUGGUGGACGUGAUGUUUGAUUUCAAAGAUGGUCCAGCCUAUUACGACUUCAAUUGCCAGGAGCUGUUAUCUCUUCUAACAAAUAUAGCAACCGUCCAGACUCUUACUCUGUGCGACUGGCUUCUCGAGUGGCUGUGCGUGGCGGGAGUGGUUUUUCGAUAUCUAGACUUGCGAUUCAACAAUUUAAAGGAGUUAUGGUGGAUUGGCUCCUUGAUUGACGGCCCCAAGCGGGAUUCAUUGGUUUGCUUCCUGGCUAUCUGUCCUUCUCUCGAGAGGAUAUUUAUAGAUGUUGAUCAAAGGCGUGGAUAUAUACCAACUCCCUUAUUUUACCAAUGGUGGCACGAACCCCACUUAUGGAUGGAUUAUGCAUCUGUAAAGGCUGGCGCUUCGCCAUUGGAUCGUCUCAAAACAGUGAAGAUGAGGGGCAUUACAGACCAAGAGGAUGAAUUGCUGUUGGUGGAUCUUUUACUUAAACAGGCAGCUUCCCUACAGUCGAUGACUGUUACAUCGCCUGAGAAUGAGAAUCAAUCGUGGAGGGUGGUAAAGGUUCCGUGGAAGGGACAGUACUCAGAGGAACAUCGUCAUCGGAAACGGAUAGCGAUUCCAUCUGCACAAGAGGAAUAUUAUUUUGAAUACAUAGAAGAAGAAGAAGAAAGUAGCGAUUCAUGUCCACUACAUAGCAAAUUAUAUCUCUAGCUAGCUCCACCCUGGUCGGUCGACCUUUGCCACGUCUGAUAUGAUGCAUGUGUGUGGACAAGAUAUAAUUGGGUAGUCACUUUUCAGACCGAUUAAACUUUAGUUUUAACUCCAGUCCAUUGGAACGUUGCAGAAUAAAAAGACCUCCCAAAAGUGUUGUAAGUUUUUUGAUCAAUCAAUCUAUCGUUGAUUGGAUCAUAAACUACAUUAAUUGUACAAUUCCCUGUAAUUAAAUAUCUUGUAUAUAUCAAAUUAAUGUUAAAACCUUUUAAGAGUAUCGGCUGUUUAA